GAGUUGCUCUUCUGCUAGCCCGAUUCUUAGAGGGUUUGGACUCCGAACACGUUGUUCAACAUUAUUGUGAGAACUUGACAGGGAGCCCAAAAUCCAUUCUGGAAGCCAAACUUGUUUAAAACUUUAAACAAAGUUUCUCUUUUCUUGUGGCUUGGCCGCCCAAGUCAGCCAGCCUGAAAGAGUUAACGCAACCAUGGGUCGUGCAAUAUACGUAUCUCUUCUUCUUUUGAUGGUGCUUGGUGUCAUCGAGGCUCACGUCACCUACAAAAGGCGACCAACAUACUCGUUCUACACUAAAGAUGGAAACCAUAAUGCGAUAGUCAACCAUCCUGCUCACAGACGAGCUGCCAGAGCCGCCAUGCCAAUCCCAAGACGCCCUACUGCCGCCCAACCAGAGACGACCAUUCCACCUGCUACUCAGGUCCCGUCCAUUGACGAGUUUGGGUACUGCCAGGCUUGGUCACAGGGGCACUACCGAACAUUCGAUGGUGCACUCUUCAACUUUCAUGGGGCUUGUACCUAUACCCUUGUGACAGACUGUCUGGACUUUUCCUUCCAUAUCUAUGUGGAAAAUGAUCUCGACUGCCAAUCAGAGAGGAACAACAACACCUGUUACAGGUCCAUCUUGAUUGACAAUGGCAACCCAACAGACCUGAUAUACAUCCGCCCGGGUGGUGUCGUCUCUUACAAGAACGAGGAGCUCGCUCUCCCCACCAAGGCCGGGGGAAUGGUUCUUGAGCGCAUCGCUCACUACAUCCUCGCAACAAGUGGACUGGGUUUCAGCAUCCUUUACGAUGGGAAAGAAGCCAUUACGGUUUUCGCCAAUUCAGAUUCACUGAGGGGCAACACAUGUGGUCUCUGUGGUGUCUAUGACCAUGAUCCAAGUAACGACAUGAAAACGCCGAGCGGAACAAUCGCUGAUGAUGCCUACACCUUCGGUCUGUCAUGGAAGGGCAUGGAUGAAAGAGAUCCUGCAUAUUGUCCGGAUGUUCCCACGGUUCCCCUCCGAUGCACACAAUACAGCAGCUUUGAGUCGCCGGAAGCAGAAGAGAAGGCUCAAUUUGUUGAGUCAGAAUGUGCUCAACUACGUCAUGGAACCUUCAUGGCAUGUCACCAGGUUGUAGAUCCAGAGCCAUAUAUCAUUGCUUGUGAGCAAGACGUGUGUGCAUGUGAGAUGCAACCUCAAGAAAAUGGGGAAUUGGGAAACGACUGCAAGUGUGCUGCUUUCACAGCUUAUACCCAGGAGUGUUCCAGGCGAGGCUUCCAGGUCUCAUGGAGAUCUCUUGACUUCUGCCCUUUUGAUUGCUCAGUGGACAAAGUCUAUGACCAGUGCGGAUCAGCAUGCACCCAGAGGGGUUGCAGCACUGCUAUCGCUGAUUGUGAAACAGAUGAAACUGUUGGGUGCAUUGAGGGAUGUCACUGCCCCACAGGAACCUACCGAUCGUCUUCUGGCGAGUGUGUCAGUGCCAACCAGUGUUUCUGCUCUUGGCAAGGGACGGAGUAUGAGCCUGGAAAGCAGAUCUCAGAUGGCUGUAAUGAAUGUGAAUGUGUUGACGGGAAGUGGCAGUGCACACAGAAUGAUUGCGGAGGUUUGUGCCAAGUCAGCGGACAUGGCCACUACCAUACCUUUGACAGCUACACAUAUGAUUUUGCCGGUACCUGUACCUACACUCUUGUUAAAGACUGUUGGAGUGUGGGCAGUCUGUACAUGGUCAACAUCGAAAAUACUCCAUGUGGGAUGGAAGGCGCCUCCUGCGUUAAGGCAGUUGUCUUAGAAGAUGGAAUGAAUGUUGUACGUCUUCGAAGAGGACAUCAAGUUUUGAUCAAUGGACAAGAAGUGACAGAGUUCCCCAAGACAGUUGGCAACAUCUAUGUGAACCAACCAACCAAACAUCAAACAGCUGCUGUUAUGGACAAUGGGUUGACAAUUCUCUUUGAUGGCAACAACCAUGUUGUAGUGAUGGCUGAUGAAAGACAUCUUAAUGCAACCUGCGGUCUAUGUGGUAUAUACAACAACAAUCAGCGUGAUGAUUUCUACACUGAAGCUGGUGACAUUGAAUCCAACCCAGCUUCAUUUGCCAAUAAGUGGAAGCUUGGUUCAUCAUGCCCUGAUGCCGAGGAUGAUGCAACCGAUCCUUGUGAUCUCUACUCUCAGAAGGCACUCACUGCAGAAUUAGAAUGCAACAGACUCUAUACCGAUGAUGCCUUUGCAGUCUGUCGGCGUUAUGUUGACCCUGAGGUGUUCUUUGAAGCAUGUAGACGCGACAUAUGCAACUGUGAGACAGGUGAUAGCUGCAAAUGUGAGGUCUUUGCUAUGUUUGCAACCCAGUGUGAGCAGAAAGGUGUGGUUGUUGACUGGCGGACAGACACACCAGGAUGCGGGAUCAGCUGUGAGGGAGGGCUUGUAUACAGCCGUUGCCACCCCAUGUGUGAAACAACUUGCAAUGCCCUGUCAUCCAAUUCGGUUUGCGAUGAGACCUGCGUCGAAGGAUGUGCAUGCCCCGAUGGUUCUGUCAUGAGUCCCAGUGGCGCAUGCGUGGCCCCAGAGAAUUGCGGCUGUGUAGACCCUGAUUCUGGGGAGACAUACGCCCCUGGAGAGAGAAUAGAGAAAGGAUGUGGUUUCUGUGAGUGCUUUGCUGGAACAUGGGCAUGUGAAGAAUUGGACUGCCCCGCAGAUGCAUGCCUUCAGAACCAAGUGUACGUCCCCUGCGUCAGCCCGUGUGUCAAGAGCUGUACCAACAUGCAUGAGUUUGAAGACUGCUCGGCUGCAACAUGCUUCGGUGGUUGUGAGUGCGCUGAAGAGUUUGUCUGGGAUGGAACAGCCUGUGUACUGCCAACCAGCUGCCCCUGUCAUCAUGGAGGAUACAGCUAUUCUGAAGGCUUUGUCCUCCAAACUGAUGAAUGCCACUCCUGUACCUGUACAAACAGCAAAUGGGAAUGCCAUGAGAAAAACUGUAACGGUGUGUGUACGGCAUGGGGAGAUCCUCAUUACAAGACGUUCGAUGGCAGAUUGUUUGACUUCCAAGGUGAUUGUGACUACGUUCUGGUCACUGAUAGUGUCAGCCAAGCUUCAGGAGUCCCUUUCUUCCAUAUCGUAGUUUCAAAUAUUCCUUGUGGAACAUCUGCUGUUACUUGUACCAAGUCAAUCACAUUUAGCUUAGGCGUCGGCAGCAAUCAGGAAAAGCUACACCUCAUCCGCGGCAAAAGUAUUCCAGACUCCGCUGGUUCGUUCACUGUGACUGAAGUGGGAAGAUAUGUUUACGUUCACACUAACCAAAGGAUAACACUGAUAUGGGAUCAAGGUACUUGGAUCCAGGUCAAACUGGAUCCCAUGUACAAAGACAGGGUUGGAGGACUUUGCGGUAACUUCAAUGACCUGAUCAGUGAUGACUUCUUGUCUCCAGCAGGGGGCCUUCCAGAAACUUCCUCUAUUGAUUUUGGAAACAGUUGGAAAGUCCAUGACUACUGCCCCCGCCCUCAGCAUGUCAUCCACCCGUGUCUCUUUAACCCAUACCGUCGGGCCUGGGCCAUGCGCCAAUGUAGCGUGCUGAAAUCAGACACCUUUGCGGCGUGCCACAGUGAAGUUAGCUUCAGACCCUACUAUGUUCGCUGCAUCUUUGACACUUGUGGAUGCGACACCGGUGGUGAUUGUGAGUGCCUGUGUACCGCCAUCGCGGCUUACGCACAGGAUUGUAAUGCCCAUGGCGUACAUAUCCAUUGGAGAUCCAAUGAAUUCUGUCCAAUGCAAUGUGAUGGCUGUGCCGAGUAUGAUCCUUGUAUCCCAGUCUGCUCCAUCUGUGGGCACGAGGGGAGAUGGGAUGAGAAUGGAGAAUGCCCUGACACAUGUGUUGAGGGGUGCAAAUGCCCCGAUGGACAGUACUACCAUGACGGGGAAUGCGUGGACGCCUGCCCUACCACUACGCCGCCCGUCACCACCCCUUAUAUCACCACGACACCACCAUGGGUAUCUACCACAGGACCCCCCACCACAGGACCCCCCACCUCUGGUCCCCCCACCACUGGUCCCCACACUCAUACCCAUACCCACACCUCAACCCAAAUCACCACCGUAGAAACAACCUCGGAGACUACCACUUCAACCACAACUGUACCAUCAACCACCAAACCUUCAUUUACUUUUCCACCAUACACUCCGCCGUACAACACAUGUUAUUGCCAUGGUUACGGUGAUCCUCACUACUCAGACUUUAAUGGGAACGAAUUUGACCAUCAAGGUAACUGUACGUACAUACUGAGUCAAGACACCUCUCACUCCCCCCCACUAUACACCGUGCUUAUCCACAAUGUAGAGUGCAAGCGAUUCCCUGGGACAACUUGCCCAAAAGAACUUACGGUCAUCUAUGGCAACUUCAUCAUUAAACUCCUGUCUGCAUUUUACUACGAUGGGUCCCAUAUGGUAUCCGUUAACGAUGUGAACUAUAUACCACCUUUGAACUUCAGUGGAAUCGAAAUAACCUCUGUUGGAUUUUACCUCAUCUUGAAAAUUCCUCUCAUUGGCCUUGAAGUCCGAUUUAUACCUCUAGACAACAAUUAUUUCAGCGUGGAGGUUCCUAGGGAACGCUUCUUUAACCUCACUGAUGGUCUUUGUGGUAAUUGUGGUCAUAAUGAGACAACAUGCGAAGAGGAUAGUGAUUGCUGCGACUUGAUACCCCCUGAGUAUAGUAAAGAUUGUGGAUGUGAUGAAAUAAUUACUCCAUGCCCUCCUACCGAUGACAGUCGUAAGUGGUGUAAUCAUCUCUAUGAUCCUGUCUUUGAAGAGUGCCAUGCUGUCGUUGACCCUGACCCGUUCUUUCAUGACUGCGUAUAUGACGAUUGCUUUGCUAAUGACACAACAUGCUUUGCUUUUGAAGCCUACGCCACUGUGUGCGCUAAUCAUGGCAUUUGCCUAGAAUGGAGGAGUGACGACUUGUGUCCCAUGGACUGUGUCGAACCUUUUGAGUAUCGCCAGUGUGUGUGUCCUGAUGAUGAACAUCCUUCCUGCGAGUUAUUUGAUCCUGGAGAAAUGAUGUGUGGAACUGAGCCUGUUAGUGGCUGCUUCUGUCCUGAAGGCACCAUGCCUGUUUCAAACGAUACCUGUGUGCCGUGUCCUUCAACUACUCCGAUCUAUACAACAUCUGAGUAUUUCUCCACAACCCAAAAGCAAACAACAUUUUUUACAACCACUUCAGAAACUACUUUUGAGACAACCUCACAAACAACAUCAACAAGCCCAACUACAACCAUCCCAACAACAACUAUAGGAGUAACGACAGAAAGUAUUACUACAACAAAUCCUACAACAACUAUAGCGUCAACUACUCCUACUUUAACAACGACAGAAGGUUUAACUACAUUACCUGAAACAACAAAAUCAGCCACAACUACUGAAACAACAACAGAAAAUGUAAGCACAACAAAUCCUACAACAACUAUGAAAUUAACUACUCCUACUUUAACAACUACAGAAGGUUUAACUACAUUACCUGAAACAACAAAAUCAGCCACAACUACUGAAGCAACAACAGAAAAUGUAAGCACAACAAAUCCUACAACAACUAUAGCGUCAACUACUCCUACUUUAACAACGACAGAAGGUUUAACUACAUUACCUGAAACAACAAAAUCAGCCACAACUACUGAAGCAACAACAGAAAAUGUAAGCACAACAAAUCCUACAACAACUAUAGCGUCAACUACUCCUACUUUAACAACGACAGAAGGUUUAACUACAUUACCUGAAACAACAAAAUCAGCCACAACUACUGAAGCAACAACAGAAAAUGUUAGCACAACAAAUCCAAUGACAACUAUGGAAUCAACUACUCAUACUUUAGCAACUACGGAAGGUUUGACUACAUUACCUGAAACAACAAAAUCAGCCACAACUACUGAGACAACAACAGAAAAUGUUAGCACAACAAAUCCUACUACAACUACCACAUUAACUACUCCUACUUUUACAACUACAGAAAGUUUAACUACAUUACCUGAAACAACAAAAUCAGCCACAACUACUGAAGCAACAACAGAAAAUGUAAGCACAACAAAUCCUACGACAACUAUGGAAUUAACUACUCCUACUUUAACAACUACAGAAGGUUUAACUACAUUACCUGAAACAACAAAAUCAGCCACAACUACUGAAACAACAACAGAAAAUGUUAGCACAACAAAUCCUACGACAACUAUGGAAUUAACUACUCCUACUUUAACAACUACAGAAGGUUUAACUACAUUACCUGAAACAACAAAAUCAGCCACAACUACUGAAGCAACAACAGAAAAUGUAAGCACAACAAAUCCUACGACAACUAUGGAAUUAACUACUCCUACUUUAACAACUACAGAAGGUUUGACUACUUUACCCGAAACAACAAAAUCAGCUACAACUAAUGAGGCAACUACAUUUGCUUCUACAAAACCUACAACUAUGUUUGAAACAACAGCUGAAGAAUCAACAUCUGCCACAACUGAAUCACUUGAAACAACCACUGAAUUCUCCACAACACCUACCACAUCACUUCCUACCACAAUUCCUCAAGAAACUACUUUUUAUGAAACCACCACUGAAAUUACAUCAGAAACCACAGAAACAACUGAGGAAAGGACAACAUUGUCUGAAACUACCACCAGGGAAACUGCAACUGGUGAAGAAACAACUGAGUCUGGAAUUGCCACAUCACUUUCUACAACAUCUUCACAUUCCUCUUCUCCCCUUACAACAACAACAACAACACCAUUACAGACAAAAGAAAUGUCCACACAUUUGCCAUUCGAAACAACACCAAUGGAAACAACAAAGGAGGGGUUAACAACACAAAUGGUAACAAAAUCACAGACAACAUCUCAGACCACUCGGGAAGAGACCACAGCAGAAGAAACGACAGAAUCAGCAACUACCUCAGAAACUGUAUCAACAGUAGGAACAACUGCUUGGGAGGCAACAACUGCAUCGGAGUCUGGAACCACAACACCCCUGUCGACAACAAAAGUGGGCUCUACUGGUGUUACUACUGAUCAAACAAUGGAAACUACAUCGGUAUCAUAUACUAGUGAAGAAACAACCGCAGCAGCAACAACAAUGGCUACUACUUCACAAACAACCAUCAUGACUAGUUCAGCUACUCCAACUGUACCCACUACACCCGUUAUUACUACACCUCCUGAGACUACAACUGGCGAGUGUGACACAGUUGAAGUAUGCGAGUGGACAUCAUGGUGCGAUGAUGAGGCUCAAACUGGGGACAAAAUAACGGGUGGAGACGGUGGUGAAUACGAGCUUAUUGAGACCUGCCGAGAACUCAACCAUGAUGUCUGCAAAGCUCCAAUUGAUAUCGAGUGUGAGACUGCCUUUCCUCCUUAUUAUAGCGCCCAAGAGCUGGGUCAAUCACUGACCUGCGAUAAGGAUACUGGUCUGGAGUGUUUAUUUUCUGAGGAGCAACCUCUGUGUUUUGAUUACAGAAUAAGAUUUCUCUGUUGCCACAAUGUUGUCAGUGAUCCCAACUGCCUUACGACAUCUUCAACAGCUCCACCUACCACACAUGAAACAACUACCACAUCUACCAAGCCAACUGAAACUGUACCUACAACAUCCACCACCAAGACAAUCAGGACUACAAAUUCAGGUGUGAAAAACCCAACACUGCCGGCAGUCACAUACCCUACCCAUAGCUCGUGCGGGACGGUACAGGGGAAAGCACCUGCCAUCAUAUCAUAUAAUAACUGUACUUCUCCAGACCCUAUCUAUCUCAAUGAAUGUCAAGGAAAGUGCUCUUCAUCCCAUUCGUUUACUCAGAUCAUAGAUGGCCAGAUGAUAAUGGAUCAGUACUGUUCAUGCUGUAGACCGGAGAGUAUUAUUGAAGAUGUCGUUGAGCUUGAAUGCCCUGAUGGAACAACAACAUUGAUCAAUGUUCCCUUUAUUCAAUCUUGCAUAUGUAAUGAAUCUUAUCUUCAAGAAGAGUGUGUUGAAAAAGACACUUGGCAUUGUACCUGGACAAUAUGGUUUAAUAUUCAUUCAACGCAAAUGCAAUCUGAGAGUGCUCCAGCGGAGGAAGUUGAACUUCUUGCAGACGCCCGGCACAACCCUGACUUCCCCGAAGAUUGCUCAGAGCCGCAGGAUAUUCAGUGCAGGACUGUAGACACACAUGAGUUGUGGAAUGAAACUGCUGAUGCUGCUACCGUUGACGUUAGUACAGGUCUUCGCUGUAUUAAUAUACCUGGUACGCCACAUUGUCUCGACUAUGAAUGUUCCUAUUUGUGCUGCAUUCGGGAAGUUGUCACUUGCUCAACACCCUCGACCACAAAAGGAACAACACCUGGAACAACUCUUGAAACAACAGGAACAACAACUGGAACCACUCCAGGAACAACAACAGGCACCACAACAGGAACAACAACUGGACCCAGCCCUUCAGAAUCAACAACAGGAACAACAACUGGAACCACUCCAGGAACAACAACAGGCACCACAACAGGAACAACAACUGGACCCGGCCCUUCAGAAUCAACAACAGGCACCACAACAGGAACAACAACUGGAACCACUCCAGGAACAACAACAGGCACCACAACAGGAACAACAACUGGACCCGGCCCUUCAGAACCAACAACAGGUACCACAACAGGAACAACAACUGGAACAACUCCAGAAACAACAACAGGUACUACAACAGGAACAACAACAGGAACAACAACUGGAACCACUCCAGAAACAACUCCAGGCACCACAACAGAAUGUGUUGAAAAAGACACUUGGCAUUGUACCUGGACAAUAUGGUUUAAUAUUCAUUCUACGCAAAUGCAAUCUGAGAGUGCUCCAGCGGAGGAAGUUGAACUUCUUGCAGACGCCCGACACAACCCUGACUUCCCCGAAGAUUGCUCAGAGCCGCAGGAUAUUCAAUGCAGGACUGUAGACACACAUGUGUUGUGGAAUGAAACUGCUGAUGCUGCUACCGUUGACGUUAGUACAGGUCUUCGCUGUAUUAACAUACCUGGAACGCCACAUUGUCUCGACUAUGAAUGUUCCUAUUUAUGCUGCAUUCGGGAAGUUGUCACUUGCUCAACACCGUCAACCACUACGGGAGAAACCACCACAGAAGGAACAACUCCAGGCACUACAACAGGAACAACAACUGGAACCACUCGGGGAACAACAACAAGCACUACUACAGGAACAACAACUGGAACCACUCCAGGAACAACUCCAGGCACUACAACAGGAACAACAACUGGAACCACUCCAGGAACAACUCCAGGCACUACAACAGAAACAACAACUGGAACCACUCGGGGAACAACAACAGGCACUACUACAGGAACAACAACUGGAACCACUCCAGGAACAACUCCAGGCACUACAACAGGAACAACAACUGGAACCACUCCAGGAACAACUCCAGGCACCACAACAGAGUGUGUUGAAAAAGACACUUGGCAUUGUACCUGGACAAUAUGGUUUAAUAUUCAUUCUACGCAAAUGCAAUCUGAGAGUGCUCCAGCGGAGGAAGUUGAACUUCUUGCAGACGCCCGGCACAACCCUGACUUCCCCGAAGAUUGCUCAGAGCCGCAGGAUAUUCAAUGCAGGACUGUAGACACACAUGUGUUGUGGAAUGAAACUGCUGAUGCUGCUACCGUUGACGUUAGUACAGGUCUUCGCUGUAUUAACAUACCUGGAACGCCACAUUGUCUCGACUAUGAAUGUUCCUAUUUAUGCUGUAUUCGGGAAGUUGUCACUUGCUCAACACCGUCAACCACUACGGGAGAAACCACCACAGAAGGAACAACACCUGGAACAACAACAGGCACCACAACAGGAACAACAACUGGAACCACUCCGGGAACAACAAGAGGCACCACAACAGGUACAACAACUGGAACUACUCCAGAAACAACAACAGGUACCACAACAGGAACAACAACUGGAACCACUCCAGGAACAACUCCAGGCACUACAACAGGAACAACAACUGGAACCACUCCAGGAACAACAACAGGCACUACAACAGGAACAACAACUGGAACCACUCCGGGAACAACAACAGGCACCACAACAGGUACAACAACUGGAACUACUCCAGAAACAACAACAGGUACCACAACAGGAACAACAACUGGAACCACUCCAGGAACAACUCCAGGCACUACAACAGGAACAACAACUGGAACCACUCCAGGAACAACUCCAGGCACCACAACAGGAACAACAACUGGAACCACUCCAGGAACAACAACAGGCACUACAACAGGAACAACAACUGGAACCACUCCAGGAACAACAACAGGCACUACAACAGGAACAACAACUGGAACCACUCCUGGAACAACUCCAGGCACUACAACAGAAACAACAACUGGAACCACUCGGGGAACAACAACAGGCACUACUACAGGAACAACAACUGGAACCACUCCAGAAACAACAACAGGUACUUCAACAGGAACAACAACUGGAACCUCUCCAGAAACAACAACAGGUACCACAACAGGAACAACAACUGGAACCACUCCAGGAACAACAACAGGUUCCACAACAGGAACCACAACUGGAACAACUCCAGAAACAACAACAGGCACCACAACAGGAACAACAACUGGAACCACUCCAGGAACAACAACAGGCACCACAACAGGAACAACGCCUGGAACCACUCCAGGAACAACAACAGGCACUACAGCAGGAACAACAACUAGAACCACUCCAGAAACAACAACAAGUACAAUAACUGGAACCACAUCAGGAACAACAACUGGAACCACUCCAGAAACAACUCCAGCCACCACAACAGAGUUCGGAGGAUGCUAUGGAUUUGGCCUUAUCGCGCCGCCGCAGAGAUUCCCUUUUUGUCAUAACAGUUGGCACACAGAAGCAAUAUUGGAAGAGUGUGUUCCCGGCAGAGAAUACAAAUGUAUUUGGACUGAAUGGAUUAAUAAUGAUUCUGGACAAUUGCAAUCUGAAAGUACUCCAGCUGAGGAAGUUGAACUUCUUGAAGAUGCCCGGCACUUCCCCGGUUUCCCCAAAGUUUGCAACGUAUUCGAUAUCCGGUGCAGGACCGUAGACACACAUGUGUCGUGGAAUGAAACUACUGACGCUGUUACCGUUGAUGUGAAUACAGGUCUUCGCUGUAUUAAUAUACUAGGAAGACCAAUAUGUCUGGACUAUGAAUGUAGAUGGCUGUGCUGCAGUUGGCACACUGUCACUUGCUCACCACCUGGAACAACCACAGAAGGAACAACAACUGGAACCACUCCAGGCACAACAACAGGUACCACAACAGGAACAACAACUGGAACCACAACAGGAACAACAACAGGUACCACAACAGGAACAACAACUGGAACCACAACAGGUACCACAACAGGAACAACAACUGGAACCACUCCAGGAACAACUCCAGCCACCACAACAGAGUGUGUUCCCGGCAGAGAAUACAAAUGUAUUUGGACUGAAUGGAUUAAUAAUGAUUCUGGACAAUUGCAAUCUGAAAGUGCUCCAGCUGAGGAAGUUGAACUUCUUGAAGAUGCCCGGCACUUCCCCGGUUUCCCCAAAGUUUGCAACGUAUUCGAUAUCCGGUGCAGGACCGUAGACACACAUGUGUCGUGGAAUGAAACUACUGACGCUGUUACCGUUGAUGUGAAUACAGGUCUUCGCUGUAUUAAUAUACUAGGAAGACCAAUAUGUCUGGACUAUGAAUGUAGAUGGCUGUGCUGCAGUUGGCACACUGUCACUUGCUCACCACCUGGAACAACCACAGAAGGAACAACGACUGGAACCACUCCAGAAACAACAACAGGUACCACUACUGGAACAACAACUGGAACCACUCCAGAAACAACAACAGGUACCACUCCAGGCACAACAACAGGUACCACAACAGGAACAACAACUGGAACCACUCCAGGCACAACAACAGGUACCACAACAGGAACAACAACUGGAACCACAACAGGCACAACAACAGGUACCACAACAGGAACAACAACUGGAACCACAACAGGAACAACAACAGGUACCACAACAGGAACAACAACUGGAACCACAACAGGUACCACAACAGGAACAACAACUGGAACCACUCCAGGAACAACUCCAGCCACCACAACAGAGUGUGUUCCCGGCAGAGAAUACAAAUGUAUUUGGACUGAAUGGAUUAAUAAUGAUUCUGGACAAUUGCAAUCUGAAAGUGCUCCAGCUGAGGAAGUUGAACUUCUUGAAGAUGCCCGGCACUUCCCCGGUUUCCCCAAAGUUUGCAACGUAUUCGAUAUCCGGUGCAGGACCGUAGACACACAUGUGUCGUGGAAUGAAACUACUGACGCUGUUACCGUUGAUGUGAAUACAGGUCUUCGCUGUAUUAAUAUACUAGGAAGACCAAUAUGUCUGGACUAUGAAUGUAGAUGGCUGUGCUGCAGUUGGCACACUGUCACUUGCUCACCACCUGGAACAACCACAGAAGGAACAACGACUGGAACCACUCCAGAAACAACAACAGGUACCACUACUGGAACAACAACUGGAACCACUCCAGAAACAACAACAGGUACCACUCCAGGCACAACAACAGGUACCACAACAGGAACAACAACUGGAACCACUCCAGGCACAACAACAGGUACCACAACAGGAACAACAACUGGAACCACAACAGGCACAACAACAGGUACCACAACAGGAACAACAACUGGAACCACAACAGGAACAACAACAGGUACCACAACAGGAACAACAACUGGAACCACAACAGGUACCACAACAGGAACAACAACUGGAACCACAACAGGUACCACAACAGGAACAACAACUGGAACCACUCCAGGAACAACUCCAGCCACCACAACAGAGUGUGUUCCCGGCAGAGAAUACAAAUGUAUUUGGACUGAAUGGAUUAAUAAUGAUUCUGGACAAUUGCAAUCUGAAAGUGCUCCAGCUGAGGAAGUUGAACUUCUUGAAGAUGCCCGGCACUUCCCCGGUUUCCCCAAAGUUUGCAACGUAUUCGAUAUCCGGUGCAGGACCGUAGACACACAUGUGUCGUGGAAUGAAACUACUGACGCUGUUACCGUUGAUGUGAAUACAGGUCUUCGCUGUAUUAAUAUACUAGGAAGACCAAUAUGUCUGGACUAUGAAUGUAGAUGGCUGUGCUGCAGUUGGCACACUGUCACUUGCUCACCACCUGGAACAACCACAGAAGGAACAACAACUGGAACCACUAUAGAAACAACAACAGGCACUACAACAGGAACAACAACUGGAACCACUAUAGAAACAACAACAGGUACCACUACUGGAACAACAACAGGUACCACAACAGGAACAACAACUGGAACCACUCCAGGCACAACAACAGGUACCACAACAGGAACAACAACUGGAACCACAACAGGAACAACUACAGGUACCACAACAGGAACAACAACUGGAACCACAACAGGUACCACAACAGGUACCACAACAGGAACAACAACUGGAACCACUCCAGGAACAACUCCAGCCACCACAACAGAGUGUGUUCCCAGCAGAGAUUACAAAUGUAUUUGGACUGACUGGAUUAAUAAUGAUUCUGGACAAAUGCAAUCUGAGAGUGCUCCAGCUGAGGAAGUUGAACUUCUUGCAGAUGCCCGGCACUUCCCCGGUUUCCCUGAAGAUUGCAGCGUAUUCGGUAUCCGGUGCAGGACAGUAGACACACAUGUGUUGUGGAAUGAAACUACUGACGCUGUUACCGUUGAUGUGAAUACAGGUCUUCGUUGUAUUAAUAUACUAGGAAGACCAAUAUGUCUGGACUAUGAAUGUAGCUGGCUGUGCUGCAGUUGGCACACUGUCACUUGCUCACCACCUGGAACAACCACAGAAGGAACAACAACUGGAACCACUAUAGAAACAACAACAGGCACUACAACAGGAACAACAACUGGAACCACUAUAGAAACAACAACAGGUACCACUACUGGAACAACAACAGGUACCACAACAGGAACAACAACUGGAACCACUCCAGGCACAACAACAGGUACCACAACAGGAACAACAACUGGAACCACAACAGGAACAACUACAGGUACCACAACAGGAACAACAACUGGAACCACAACAGGUACCACAACAGGUACCACAACAGGAACAACAACUGGAACCACUCCAGGAACAACUCCAGCCACCACAACAGAGUGUGUUCCCAGCAGAGAUUACAAAUGUAUUUGGACUGACUGGAUUAAUAAUGAUUCUGGACAAAUGCAAUCUGAGAGUGCUCCAGCUGAGGAAGUUGAACUUCUUGCAGAUGCCCGGCACUUCCCCGGUUUCCCUGAAGAUUGCAGCGUAUUCGGUAUCCGGUGCAGGACAGUAGACACACAUGUGUUGUGGAAUGAAACUACUGACGCUGUUACCGUUGAUGUGAAUACAGGUCUUCGUUGUAUUAAUAUACUAGGAAGACCAAUAUGUCUGGACUAUGAAUGUAGCUGGCUGUGCUGCAGUUGGCACACUGUCACUUGCUCACCACCUGGAACAACCACAGAAGGAACAACAACUGGAACCACUAUAGAAACAACAACAGGCACUACAACAGGAACAACAACUGGAACCACUAUAGAAACAACAACAGGUACCACAACAGGAACAACAACUGGAACCACUCCAGGCACAACAACAGGUACCACAACAGGAACAACAACUGGAACCACAACAGGAACAACUACAGGUACAACAACAGGAACAACAACUGGAACCACAACAGGUACCACAACAGGUACCACAACAGGAACAACAACUGGAACCACUCCAGGAACAACUCCAGCCACCACAACAGAGUGUGUUCCCAGCAGAGAUUACAAAUGUAUUUGGACUGACUGGAUUAAUAAUGAUUCUGGACAAAUGCAAUCUGAGAGUGCUCCAGCUGAGGAAGUUGAACUUCUUGCAGAUGCCCGGCACUUCCCCGGUUUCCCUGAAGAUUGCAGCGUAUUCGGUAUCCGGUGCAGGACAGUAGACACACAUGUGUUGUGGAAUGAAACUACUGACGCUGUUACCGUUGAUGUGAAUACAGGUCUUCGUUGUAUUAAUAUACUAGGAAGACCAAUAUGUCUGGACUAUGAAUGUAGCUGGCUGUGCUGCAGUUGGCACACUGUCACUUGCUCACCACCUGGAACAACCACAGAAGGAACAACAACUGGAACCACUAUAGAAACAACAACAGGCACUACAACAGGAACAACAACUGGAACCACUAUAGAAACAACAACAGGUACCACAACAGGAACAACAACUGGAACCACUCCAGGCACAACAACAGGUACCACAACAGGAACAACAACUGGAACCACAACAGGAACAACUACAGGUACAACAACAGGAACAACAACUGGAACCACAACAGGUACCACAACAGGUACCACAACAGGAACAACAACUGGAACCACUCCAGGAACAACUCCAGCCACCACAACAGAGUGUGUUCCCAGCAGAGAUUACAAAUGUAUUUGGACUGACUGGAUUAAUAAUGAUUCUGGACAAAUGCAAUCUGAGAGUGCUCCAGCUGAGGAAGUUGAACUUCUUGCAGAUGCCCGGCACUUCCCCGGUUUCCCUGAAGAUUGCAGCGUAUUCGGUAUCCGGUGCAGGACAGUAGACACACAUGUGUUGUGGAAUGAAACUACUGACGCUGUUACCGUUGAUGUGAAUACAGGUCUUCGUUGUAUUAAUAUACUAGGAAGACCAAUAUGUCUGGACUAUGAAUGUAGCUGGCUGUGCUGCAGUUGGCACACUGUCACUUGCUCACCACCUGGAACAACCACAGAAGGAACAACAACUGGAACCACUAUAGAAACAACAACAGGCACUACAACAGGAACAACAACUGGAACCACUAUAGAAACAACAACAGGUACCACAACAGGAACAACAACUGGAACCACUCCAGGCACAACAACAGGUACCACAACAGGAACAACAACUGGAACCACAACAGGAACAACUACAGGUACAACAACAGGAACAACAACUGGAACCACAACAGGUACCACAACAGGUACCACAACAGGAACAACAACUGGAACCACUCCAGGAACAACUCCAGCCACCACAACAGAGUGUGUUCCCAGCAGAGAUUACAAAUGUAUUUGGACUGACUGGAUUAAUAAUGAUUCUGGACAAAUGCAAUCUGAGAGUGCUCCAGCUGAGGAAGUUGAACUUCUUGCAGAUGCCCGGCACUUCCCCGGUUUCCCUGAAGAUUGCAGCGUAUUCGGUAUCCGGUGCAGGACAGUAGACACACAUGUGUUGUGGAAUGAAACUACUGACGCUGUUACCGUUGAUGUGAAUACAGGUCUUCGUUGUAUUAAUAUACUAGGAAGACCAAUAUGUCUGGACUAUGAAUGUAGCUGGCUGUGCUGCAGUUGGCACACUGUCACUUGCUCACCACCUGGAACAACCACAGAAGGAACAACAACUGGAACCACUAUAGAAACAACAACAGGCACUACAACAGGAACAACAACUGGAACCACUAUAGAAACAACAACAGGUACCACAACAGGAACAACAACUGGAACCACUCCAGGCACAACAACAGGUACCACAACAGGAACAACAACUGGAACCACAACAGGAACAACUACAGGUACAACAACAGGAACAACAACUGGAACCACAACAGGUACCACAACAGGUACCACAACAGGAACAACAACUGGAACCACUCCAGGAACAACUCCAGCCACCACAACAGAGUGUGUUCCCAGCAGAGAUUACAAAUGUAUUUGGACUGACUGGAUUAAUAAUGAUUCUGGACAAAUGCAAUCUGAGAGUGCUCCAGCUGAGGAAGUUGAACUUCUUGCAGAUGCCCGGCACUUCCCCGGUUUCCCUGAAGAUUGCAGCGUAUUCGGUAUCCGGUGCAGGACAGUAGACACACAUGUGUUGUGGAAUGAAACUACUGACGCUGUUACCGUUGAUGUGAAUACAGGUCUUCGUUGUAUUAAUAUACUAGGAAGACCAAUAUGUCUGGACUAUGAAUGUAGCUGGCUGUGCUGCAGUUGGCACACUGUCACUUGCUCACCACCUGGAACAACCACAGAAGGAACAACAACUGGAACCACUAUAGAAACAACAACAGGCACUACAACAGGAACAACAACUGGAACCACUAUAGAAACAACAACAGGUACCACAACAGGAACAACAACUGGAACCACUCCAGGCACAACAACAGGUACCACAACAGGAACAACAACUGGAACCACAACAGGAACAACUACAGGUACAACAACAGGAACAACAACUGGAACCACAACAGGUACCACAACAGGUACCACAACAGGAACAACAACUGGAACCACUCCAGGAACAACUCCAGCCACCACAACAGAGUGUGUUCCCAGCAGAGAUUACAAAUGUAUUUGGACUGACUGGAUUAAUAAUGAUUCUGGACAAAUGCAAUCUGAGAGUGCUCCAGCUGAGGAAGUUGAACUUCUUGCAGAUGCCCGGCACUUCCCCGGUUUCCCUGAAGAUUGCAGCGUAUUCGGUAUCCGGUGCAGGACAGUAGACACACAUGUGUUGUGGAAUGAAACUACUGACGCUGUUACCGUUGAUGUGAAUACAGGUCUUCGUUGUAUUAAUAUACUAGGAAGACCAAUAUGUCUGGACUAUGAAUGUAGCUGGCUGUGCUGCAGUUGGCACACUGUCACUUGCUCACCACCUGGAACAACCACAGAAGGAACAACAACUGGAACCACUAUAGAAACAACAACAGGCACUACAACAGGAACAACAACUGGAACCACUAUAGAAACAACAACAGGUACCACUACUGGAACAACAACUGGAACCACAACAGGCACAACAACAGGUACCACAACAGGAACAACAACUGGAACCACUCCAGGAACAACUACAGGUACCACAACAGGAACAACAACUGGAACCACAACAGGCACAACAACAGGUACCACAACAGGAACAACAACUGGAACCACUCCAGGCACAACAACAGGUACCACAACAGGAACAACAACUGGAACCACAACAGGUACCACAACAGGUACCACAACAGGAACAACAACUGGAACCACUCCAGGAACAACUCCAGCCACCACAACAGAGUGUGUUCCCAGCAGAGAUUACAAAUGUAUUUGGACUGACUGGAUUAAUAAUGAUUCUGGACAAAUGCAAUCUGAGAGUGCUCCAGCUGAGGAAGUUGAACUUCUUGCAGAUGCCCGGCACUUCCCCGGUUUCCCUGAAGAUUGCAGCGUAUUCGGUAUCCGGUGCAGGACAGUAGACACACAUGUGUUGUGGAAUGAAACUACUGACGCUGUUACCGUUGAUGUGAAUACAGGUCUUCGUUGUAUUAAUAUACUAGGAAGACCAAUAUGUCUGGACUAUGAAUGUAGCUGGCUGUGCUGCAGUUGGCACACUGUCACUUGCUCACCACCUGGAACAACCACAGAAGGUACCACUACUGGAACAACAACUGGAACCACAACAGGCACAACAACAGGUACCACAACAGGAACAACAACUGGAACCACUCCAGGAACAACUACAGGUACCACAACAGGAACAACAACUGGAACCACAACAGGCACAACAACAGGUACCACAACAGGAACAACAACUGGAACCACUCCAGGCACAACAACAGGUACCACAACAGGAACAACAACUGGAACCACAACAGGAACAACUACAGGUACCACAACAGGAACAACAACUGGAACCACAACAGGUACCACAACAGGUACCACAACAGGAACAACAACUGGAACCACUCCAGGAACAACUCCAGCCACCACAACAGAGUGUGUUCCCAGCAGAGAUUACAAAUGUAUUUGGACUGACUGGAUUAAUAAUGAUUCUGGACAAAUGCAAUCUGAGAGUGCUCCAGCUGAGGAAGUUGAACUUCUUGCAGAUGCCCGGCACUUCCCCGGUUUCCCUGAAGAUUGCAGCGUAUUCGGUAUCCGGUGCAGGACAGUAGACACACAUGUGUUGUGGAAUGAAACUACUGACGCUGUUACCGUUGAUGUGAAUACAGGUCUUCGUUGUAUUAAUAUACUAGGAAGACCAAUAUGUCUGGACUAUGAAUGUAGCUGGCUGUGCUGCAGUUGGCACACUGUCACUUGCUCACCACCUGGAACAACCACAGAAGGAACAACAACUGGAACCACUAUAGAAACAACAACAGGCACUACAACAGGAACAACAACUGGAACCACUAUAGAAACAACAACAGGUACCACAACAGGAACAACAACUGGAACCACUCCAGGCACAACAACAGGUACCACAACAGGAACAACAACUGGAACCACAACAGGAACAACUACAGGUACCACAACAGGAACAACGACUGGAACCACAACAGGUACCACAACAGGUACCACAACAGGAACAACAACUGGAACCACUCCAGGAACAACUCCAGCCACCACAACAGAGUGUGUUCCCAGCAGAGAUUACAAAUGUAUUUGGACUGACUGGAUUAAUAAUGAUUCUGGACAAAUGCAAUCUGAGAGUGCUCCAGCUGAGGAAGUUGAACUUCUUGCAGAUGCCCGGCACUUCCCCGGUUUCCCUGAAGAUUGCAGCGUAUUCGGUAUCCGGUGCAGGACAGUAGACACACAUGUGUUGUGGAAUGAAACUACUGACGCUGUUACCGUUGAUGUGAAUACAGGUCUUCGUUGUAUUAAUAUACUAGGAAGACCAAUAUGUCUGGACUAUGAAUGUAGCUGGCUGUGCUGCAGUUGGCACACUGUCACUUGCUCACCACCUGGAACAACCACAGAAGGAACAACAACUGGAACCACUAUAGAAACAACAACAGGCACUACAACAGGAACAACAACUGGAACCACUAUAGAAACAACAACAGGUACCACAACAGGAACAACAACUGGAACCACUCCAGGCACAACAACAGGUACCACAACAGGAACAACAACUGGAACCACAACAGGAACAACUACAGGUACCACAACAGGAACAACAACUGGAACCACAACAGGUACCACAACAGGUACCACAACAGGAACAACAACUGGAACCACUCCAGGAACAACUCCAGCCACCACAACAGAGUGUGUUCCCAGCAGAGAUUACAAAUGUAUUUGGACUGACUGGAUUAAUGAUGAUUCUGGACAAAUGCAAUCUGAGAGUGCUCCAGCUGAGGAAGUUGAACUUCUUGCAGAUGCCCGGCACUUCCCCGGUUUCCCUGAAGAUUGCAGCGUAUUCGGUAUCCGGUGCAGGACAGUAGACACACAUGUGUUGUGGAAUGAAACUACUGACGCUGUUACCGUUGAUGUGAAUACAGGUCUUCGUUGUAUUAAUAUACUAGGAAGACCAAUAUGUCUGGACUAUGAAUGUAGCUGGCUGUGCUGCAGUUGGCACACUGUCACUUGCUCACCACCUGGAACAACCACAGAAGGAACAACAACUGGAACCACUAUAGAAACAACAACAGGCACUACAACAGGAACAACAACUGGAACCACUAUAGAAACAACAACAGGUACCACAACAGGAACAACAACUGGAACCACAACAGGAACAACUACAGGUACCACAACAGGAACAACAACAGGAACCACAACAGGUACCACAACAGGUACCAGAACAGGAACAACAACUGGAACCACUCCAGGAACAACUCCAGCCACCACAACAGAGUGUGUUCCCAGCAGAGAUUACAAAUGUAUUUGGACUGACUGGAUUAAUGAUGAUUCUGGACAAAUGCAAUCUGAGAGUGCUCCAGCUGAGGAAGUUGAACUUCUUGCAGAUGCCCGGCACUUCCCCGGUUUCCCUGAAGAUUGCAGCGUAUUCGGUAUCCGGUGCAGGACAGUAGACACACAUGUGUUGUGGAAUGAAACUACUGACGCUGUUACCGUUGAUGUGAAUACAGGUCUUCGUUGUAUUAAUAUACUAGGAAGACCAAUAUGUCUGGACUAUGAAUGUAGCUGGCUGUGCUGCAGUUGGCACACUGUCACUUGCUCACCACCUGGAACAACCACAGAAGGAACAACAACUGGAACCACUAUAGAAACAACAACAGGCACUACAACAGGAACAACAACUGGAACCACUAUAGAAACAACAACAGGUACCACAACAGGAACAACAACUGGAACCACAACAGGUACCACAACAGGAACAACAACUGGAACCACAACAGGUACCACAACAGGAACAACAACUGGAACCACUCCAGCCACCACAACAGAGUGUGUUCCCAGCAGAGAUUACAAAUGUAUUUGGACUGACUGGAUUAAUGAUGAUUCUGGACAAAUGCAAUCUGAGAGUGCUCCAGCUGAGGAAGUUGAACUUCUUGCAGAUGCCCGGCACUUCCCCGGUUUCCCCGAAGAAUGCAACGUAUUCGGUAUCCGGUGCAGGACAGUAGACACACAUGUGUCGUGGAAUGAAACUACUGACGCUGUUACCGUUGAUGUAAAUACAGGUCUUCGCUGUAUUAAUAUACUAGGAAGACCAAUUUGUCUGGACUAUGAAUGUAGCUGGCUGUGCUGCAGUUGGCACACUGUCACUUGCUCACCACCUGGAACAACCACAGAAGGAACAACAACUGGAACCACUAUAGAAACAACAACAGGCACUACAACAGGAACAACAACUGGAACCACUAUAGAAACAACAACAGGUACCACGACAGGAACAACAACUGGAACCACAACAGGUACCACAACAGGAACAACAACUGGAACCACAACAGGUACCACAACAGGAACAACAACUGGAACCACAACAGGUACCACAACAGGAACAACAACUGGAACCACUCCAGCCACCACAACAGAGUGUGUUCCCAGCAGAGAUUACAAAUGUAUUUGGACUGACUGGAUUAAUGAUGAUUCUGGACAAAUGCAAUCUGAGAGUGCUCCAGCUGAGGAAGUUGAACUUCUUGCAGAUGCCCGGCACUUCCCCGGUUUCCCCGAAGAUUGCAACGUAUUCGGUAUCCGGUGCAGGACCGUAGACACACAUGUGUUGUGGAAUGAAACUACUGAUGCUGUUACCGUUGAUGUUAAUACAGGUCUUCGCUGUAUUAAUAUCCUAGGAAGACCAAUAUGUCUGGACUAUGAAUGUAGGUGGCUGUGCUGUGGUUGGCACACUGUCACUUGCUCACCACCUGGAACAACCACAGAAGGUAGUUGCAUCACAGAAGUAUUUUCACUAAUUCCUGGAACAACAACUGGAACCACUAUAGAAACAACAACAGGUACCACAACAGGAACAACAACUGUUACCACUAUAGAAACAACAACAGAUACCACAACAGGAACAACAACUGGAACCACUAUAGAAACAACAACAGGCACUACAACCGGAACAACUCCAGAAGAAUGCAUACCUCACAUGAGAUUGUCGUGCUAUUGGACCAUAUGGUUUGAUGAUGAUUAUGGCAAAGUGAAAUCUGCCUAUGCUCCAGUUGAAGAAUUAGAGCUUCUUGCAGAUGCCCAGCACUUUGAAGGCUUUCCUAGUGAUUGCUCUGAUCCACGUGACAUUGAGUGCAGGACUGUGGACACCCAUGAGUUCUCGAACCAGACUGAAGAUGCCGCUACCUGCGAUUUGAAUACAGGUCUGAGCUGUAGAAAUCUACCUGGGACACCAGUCUGUGCCGACUAUGAAGUUCGCUGGCACUGCUGCAGUAUAGAGAGAGUCACUUGCUCAAGUCCCCCACCAACCGAGACGACUACUACAGUAGAGCCUACAACUGAAGGGUGUCACAUUGAAGAGAUCUGUGAAUGGACCCCGUGGUGUGAUGAUGAAGAUCCCGGUGGUAAGGUGACUCCAUUUGAUGUUGGUGAGUUUGAGAUCAAAGAGGACUGCCAACAGCAGUUUGAGAUCUGCGAACAUCCAAGGGACAUUGAAUGUGAGAUGAGUGCAAUACCCCACCUCAGUUCCUAUAUUUUGAGCCAAGAUGUGACAUGUGAUGUGGACCUUGGAUUGGUCUGUCUUCAUUCAGACACACAGCCGAUUUGCCUUGAUUACAGAAUCAGGUUUUUGUGCUGUAGAAAUGAAACCGUUGGGCCCAAUUGUCCGACAACUGAGCCCCCAUCUUCAACUGAGACUCCUACAGAAACCCCGACCCCAUCAAUCUCAGAAACGCCAACUCCAACUCCGACUGAAGUUACUCCCUCUUCACCGCCUCCACCCAGUGCCUGUAAACCUGUGAGUUCAUCCCAACCAGUGACUAUCAGUUAUGGUAACUGUAGUGACACAGUCUAUUUGAUGGAAUGCUCCGGAGGUUGUCCAUCUCAUGAGUACUUCGCAGGGGUUAAAGAUGGCCAAGUGGAUAUUCAAAAGGAAUGCUCUUGUUGUCAGAUUAGUCAAGAUGCUAAUGCAGUGAGAGAAGAGGUAUUCACCAUCCCAUGCCCGGACAACACCACCAUUGACAUCUCCGUGCCUGUGAUUACAUCUUGUUCAUGUCAACACGUUGAAUGUCCAGCAUUAUCUUGAGGGCAAAUAUAUAUCCAUCAUGUCGCACACACUGCUUCAUCUCGACAGUAGACUUGGAUUGCAUUCUAAUUUGUAAUAUUUCUAAAUUGUAUUUUACAAAAAUGUUCAUUUUUUUCAGUGAUAAUAUACCACUUGAUAACAUAAAAGGUCCUUUGCAGAGGAGUAAUAGUUUGAGACAAUUCUUUCUGUUGCAUAAUGCAGACCUUCGUGAAUCACUGCCUGUGGUAAUCCUUCCUCCUUUUCUUCGGUUAAUUGAUACAAGUGCAAAUGUGAGCUGAUUUUUUCAAUAUUCUGACCUGAAAAGAGAUCUAACAAGGAUUGUUUAAAGUGAAUAAAGCAUUGAAUUGAAUUGAGUCACAACCUUGUUAUAACUGGUUGAUCAUUGACCAAUAUGUGCUUGUUAAAAAAAACUAUGAAGGAUAAAUGUAAUGGAGUAAUUCUUAAUUGAGAAAAUCAAGUUUUUCUCGGAUGUCAUCAAAUGAAUGUCAAUUCAUCAACAAGUUUCUGUUCUUUUGACCAGUGUGCUGCCCAAGGGUUUAUUUGACACAAAUUUUUCUGACCAUGGACAUGUUGUUUGCAAUUCAUUUGCGUAGUCUGCUAAAUACCGCCUAGUUUUGAUCCAUUUAUUGUCUACCUUAAUUCUCUUUUAUUUCAUCGAUGAUUUUCUUGAAUCCAUAAAUAGUAAUAUGCAUGUUAUUGAUCAUUUUACAAUCAGUUCACACAAUGCGUAUUCAAUAAAUUUGCUGUGUUGUACACAGGCUUCCAUUUUUCCCGCUGAUAUUGUAAGUUAAAGUUAAAAUGUAAUUCAAACAACGGCUUCCGUUAAGAUGUUAUAAUUAAUUUAAUUCAUUUAGUUUUGAUAAUUACAGAGGCUGAAAAGGGGAUUUGACAUCAAUGUCCCAAAUUUACAACUGAAGUUUAAAACCCUACCAAGGUUUUUUUGAGCAUGUGUACAAACUGAAUGUGAUCCAAUAAUACAAAUUGUAGGUGCGCUUUAAAGAGCAUGAUGAGGGCGAGGGUGUUGUACCCACUUGCCUAGUUAAAAAUUCCUUUGUGAAUUCAGACCAAUGUGUCUGAGUGGUGAAAUGACCUGCAUGUAAAGUGAUAUGGCUCUUGUGAAGAGGUUUGGAACUUAUUUAUGUGUAAUAUAUGACUAUUUAUUUACUGGCUGAUUUGUGAAUGCAUCCUUUUGCAAUCGUUACAAUUAAAAAGGAGCUCAUUGUAGCGCUAUUAGAACUGCAUAACACUAGUUAAAGGGUCAAUAUUUUGUGUGAAUUACCAUGUAAGUGAAGUGAAAAGUAAAGUUUUUACUUGCAGAUUGCAAAUGUGAAAAUGUGAUUUUAGAGUGCGUAGCGCAGUGGGAAUUAAAAGAAAAUAUAGUCAAGAUGAGUCAGUGGAGUGAAUUUUUUUUUGUGGGGAGAUAUUGAGAAUCAUUCAUUGAUUAUAGCAUUCAUGGUCAUAUUGUGUAUAGACAUGUAUGUGUGGGUGUUUGUGUGGUUAUGGGUGUUGGUGAGUGAAGUUGUGCAGAGUGCACACGCAAAGGUGUGUGGGUGUGUCUGUGUGCACUUGGUUGUGAUUUGCACAUGCCGGUCCAGCUCUUCAGAGUGAUAUUCCUCUAGAUGUGGUUAUACUGAUACUUAACUGAUUUUGAAAAAAAUGAAAUAUAUAUGUAGAUUUUUUUUUCAUUUUUAAAUAUACAACCAUUUGUUUUUUUUUUUUUUUGGGGGGGGGGGGAGGCUGUAGACCCGUUGACUUCAAUGCCGGCAUUACCGCCCCCUUUCACUAUCCUAUAUCAUCGAUGAGCAAUUCAACGAAUGCACAAGAUCAAGCAGAUUUUGUGUCCUUGCUCCAUUAUUUCAUGGGUCUACCAGCCGUAGUUAGUGAAUUAUCGAUUGGUAUAUGACCACUUGGUCUAAUUGUCAGUUUGUCCAACUUCACAUGGUCUAACUAAACCCAUAUCAUCCAUAACAAGUUCGUCUGCUAUCCAAUUUAUCUGAUUCCCAAUUGGUCUUAUAUUCAAUUCAUCUAAUGACUAGUUGGACUUGAGGCAAUUAGUCUACUACGUCAAACCCUCGUUUGGGAGACAACCGCUGCUCAGAUUUGAACUGAGGUUUUAUACCUCAGUUUAAAAAACCUUGUUAGAGGUUCCAAGUUCUAUCAAUCCUGCAUGGCCAGGUUAAUCCCUCUUAUAUAACUUUUCACCUCCGCAGGCAGGCCUGAGCGCCGAGCCAGGGUUAAACGAUAAACAGCAGCUGUGAUAUUAUGUAAGAGCAACUCUGCCCUUCAAAAUGAAAUUAUUGUAUUUGAUGUUUAAUCAAGUUUUCAAAGGUAUAUUGUAUUUAGAAAUCCAAUGUUUCAAUGUUUCAUUUGUUUUCAAUUUCGAACAAAGGCAGUCAGUCGGCAGGUCCUCAAAAAGUAGCUUCUUUUAUUCAAGUGAUAUUCAUAAAUACCUCUCUUUAUUUGGCCAUUGUUGCUCUAAAUAUUGAACAAAUUUCAAAAUUAUGUGUAGAAGUUUAGUGAACUUCAUGAAGCUUUG